AUGAUGGUACCAAAACUCUGGGCAAGGCUAAGGUCGGACUUUGUUCAAGUGGGCGAACUGGCGACACUGCUCUUACUGCACUGCAUCUCAUUCCCAUCCGGGGAAGAAGCUUUUUGGCGAGUCGUUAACAGGGAUUUCGCGAAUCCUGACUGGAAAACUCGAUUCGAUGCAGUUGGCAAGGCUUACGUAAUGGCUCACAUGACCAAAAUGACUCCGGUGAAAGGGAAUAAGGUGAGUAGUAGUUAA